GUGACCUGUCCCGGGUCUCAUUAGACUCCCUGUGGCUGCAGCCUGAUGCACAGGAUGGGUGUGAGGACGGUGGUAGGAAGCCCAGGACGGAAGCUGCUGUGAUAGUGCUGGUGAGUGUGAGGGUACCUGGAGCACAGUGGUGGUUGUGGGUGUGGAAGGAGCAGUUGCAUAUUGAUCAGGGUUUUAGCUGUGGCCACCUGGAUUUCCUAAUUUUGAGGAUCGUAGAGAGAGGUAAGAAUCAGAGAUGAUGUGAAGGAUUGGGUUUAGCACCUGAAGGAAUGAAAGCAUCACCUGAGAUGGAGAAAUUCAUAGUGGGAAAAGUUAUGUCCAUGAGGAACAUAAAAUCUUUUAUAUUUUCCUAUUAGUGUAUGACAUAUUUCAGAGACCAAUUCAUGACCAUCUGGAACUCUGAGGAAUAGUUCAAGAUGAAGACUACUUAAAAAAAUAGUAAAGAAUAUGGACCAGGGAGGAGUUGUGGAUCACCUUCUUUUUUUUAUGGAGGUAGAAGAGUAAUUCAAAGAAGGAUAUGGACUUUGAGGACGUGGCCAUUGCCUUCUCUCAGGAGGAGUGGGGGCUCCUUGAUGAGGCUCAGAGACUUCUGUACUGCGAUGUAAUGCUGGAAGUGUUUGCUCUGGUCUCAUCUGCAGGUUGUUGGCAUAAAACGGAUGGAGAGGAGGCCUGUUCUGAGCAGAGUGUAUCUGUACAUGGAGAGUCACAGGUCAGGGCUCCUAAGACAGCCCCAGCAACCCAGAGGACCCAUCUGUGUGAGCGCUGUUUCUCAAUGAUCAAAGACAUUCUGCACCUGACUGAGUCACAAGUCGCAGACUUUGAGCAGAAAGCCUUCUUCAGUGACACAUGUUUGAGAGACUUCUGUUUCAGUGCAAACCCUCACCAGCAGCAGAGGGAAGCCAGUGGAGAGAAGCCCUGGAAAGAAGCUGUGGACAGGGCCUCGUUUGUGACCAGGUCCAGCUUCUACUUACCUUGGGUGCCUUUAAGCAUUAGGGAGGCUGGGGAAGUCUUCCCAGCCACGUCAGAGCUUCUCCAGCACGAGGCUCCUCUCGACACUGAGGAGCCAAACAGUGGCAGUGAGAUUUCACAGGAAUAUCUUGGUGGAAAAAGUCUUCAGCAGACUUGUAACUGUGGAAUAUUUGGCAGCAACAACCAGAGAGUUGUUCAUCAGGGUGCCUGCGCUGAAGAAAUGAAAUAUGAGUGUGACAGAUAUGGAAAUGUUUUUAAACAAAACGUUCACCUCAUUCAACAUACAAUAAUUCACACUGGAGAAAAGCCGUAUGAGUGUGCUGAUUGUGGGAAGUCCUUUGGACAAAGGUCCAAUUUCAUUUCACACCACAGAGUUCACACUGGAGAAAAACCCUAUGAGUGUACUGAUUGUGGGAAAUCUUUUAGGAGAAAUAAUAACCUCCUUAACCACAAGAGAGUUCACACUGGAGAAAAGCCCUAUGAAUGUGCUGAUUGCGGGAAAUCUUUUACAAGAAAUAAUAACCUCCGAAACCACAAGACAGUUCACACUGGAGAAAAACCCUAUGAGUGUACUGAUUGUGGGAAAUCUUUUAGGAGAAAUAAUAACCUCCUAAACCACAAGACAGUUCACACUGGAGAAAAACCCUAUGAGUGUACUGAUUGUGGGAAAUCUUUUAGGAGAAAUAAUAACCUCCUAAACCACAAGACAGUUCACACUGGAGAAAAACCCUAUGAGUGUACUGAUUGUGGAAAAUCUUUUAGGAAUAGUAGUACACUCCUUAACCACAAGACGGUUCACACUGAAGAAAAGCCAUAUGAGUGUAUUGAUUGUGGGAAGUUCUUCAAGAGAAGCUUACACCUCUCUGAACACAAGAGAAUUCACACUGGUGAAAAACCUUUUGAAUGUAGUGAUUGUGGGAAGUUCUUCAGACUAAAGGGGCACCUCAUUAAACACCACAGAAUUCAUACCGGAGAGAAGCCGUAUGAGUGUAGUGAGUGUGGAAAGUGCUUUAGACAAAGACGUUCACUCAUGGACCACCACAGAAGUCACACUGGGGAAAAGCCGUAUGAGUGUAAUGAGUGUGGAAAGUCCUUUAGACAAAGACGUUCGCUCAUGGACCACCACAGAAGUCACACCGGAGAAAAGCCUCAUGAGUGUAGUAAAUGUCGGAAAUGUUUUAGCAGCAAACCGAGCCUUGUCAGACAUCUGAGAGUGCACAUUGGGGAAAACCCUUUCAUGUGAAGGAGAUGUUUUAUCUUCCUCACUCUACAACACUGCAGGAGACUUAAAUCCGUUUACCUGAAUAUGAACGCCCUUUAUCUGAACAUACACUGUGCGAAAUUGCUCAUACGUUUGAGGUACAAGUGAGGCCUGAAGGAGCUGCAUUGCACUUCCUAACUUGCCAGGCACUCCUACCUCAUUGAUGUCACUGUGAGUAUUUGUGGCUGAAGUGACCUCCUCUACCACCUGGCUCACCUGAACAGUGUGCAUCAGUCACCACCCCUGGUGCUCAGGGAAAAUGUAUUCUAUGUUCUUCCUUGUGCUUAAGUGAAUUAUGAACACUCUGAGCUCUUGGCAGGAUCUUCAAUCCUUACUCUCUGACUAGGAAAUGCACCUGACUCAGGAUUCGUCCAGAGGCCCCAUCCUCAGCUAAGAAGUGCUACCACUUUCAGGGACAUUGUGGUUCUCACCUUCUGCUGUGAUAAAUUGUUAUAAACUGAUUACUCUACAUGCUCUGGUAUAUGGUGUUUUUUGUGAUUAUGAUUUUGCUUUUGUACCUUUAAUUUUGUUGGUUCUGUCCACUGUCUGGGUUAAUUUGAAAAUACAAUUGUGAUCUGUCAGCAUGUAGAGUGAACAGAUAUUGUGGGGAUCUCAAACAUUCUGUGCUUCAGACAGGAUAGCUUGAUGGCAGAAAAGCCUCCUCUGUCCAAUUUUCUUUGCAUUACUGCCCAAGGCCUUGAAAUAAAGACCGCAUGACUUUGUGGUUGUAUUUUGCA